AUGGCGGAAUACGGCGAGAUGGACGAGUACGCCGACUACGAGGCUGGCGAUUACGAUGCUGAGAACGACGACGAGAUCACGGCCGAGGACUGCUGGAACGUCAUUUCAUCCUACUUUGACGAGAAAGGUCUUGUAUCUCAGCAGAUCGACUCGUACAAUGAGUUCACCACGUCCACAAUCCAGGGAAUCAUUGACGAAUACUCGGUUCUCACCCUGGACAACCCAAAUCCUCCCGACACUUUUGAAGGAAAGCCCAUUCGAUUGCGCCGAUAUGAAAUCAUGCUUGGAAACAUUCUCGUGACCCAGCCUACAGUUAAGGAAACAGACGGCAAGGUCAGCACCCUGGUGCCGUACGAGUGCCGUGACAGAAACUUGACGUAUUCUUGCCCGCUCUACGUCAAGCUCACCAAGAAGGUCAACGUCGCGGUCGAAGAGGAUAUACCGCUGCAUGAACUCAACGAUGAGCAGCGCGAGGAGAUGCAGAGGACGAACGAGCACCCCACCACCAUCCGUUGGGAGCUGGACAGGGACAAGUCACACAACCCGGACGAGAAGAUUUCGGGCGAAAAGAUGGCCGACAUGAUAUACAUUGGCAAGAUCCCAGUCAUGGUAAAGAGUCGAAUUUGCUAUCUGAGGAGUCAGCCCGAGUCGGAACUUUUCCUCCUGAACGAGUGUCCCUAUGAUCAGGGUGGCUACUUUAUCAUCAACGGUAGUGAGAAAGUCCUAAUUGCCCAGGAGCGCUCUGCUGCAAACAUCGUUCAGGUCUUCAAGAAGGCCCAACCAAACAAAUACCUCUACCAGGCCGAAAUCCGCAGUGCUUUGGAGAAGGGCUCUCGUCUCGUCUCAACCCUGACCAUGAAGUUGACCUCCAAGGGUGACAGCACGCGUGGAUCAUUUGGGCAGACGAUCCACCUGAACUUACCAUACACCAGUGGUGACCUCCCGAUCGCCAUCGUCUUCCGUGCUUUGGGAGUUGUCUCCGACGAGGAUAUUCUGAACCACAUCGUGUUGGACAAGAACGACACACAAAUGUUGGAGAUGCUGAGGCCCAGUAUUGAAGAGGCUUUCUGUAUUCAAGAUCGAGAAGUCGCGCUGGACUUUAUCGCCAAGCGUGUCGGUAAGGAUGGUGGCCAUUCGAACAGCAGACAUCUUCGUCUGAAAGUGGCACGAGACAUUCUGCAAAAGGACACGCUCCCCCACAUCUCCCAGGCAGAGGGCUGCGAGACCCGCAAGGCCUUCUUCUUGGGUUACAUGGUGCACAAGAUCUUGCAGUGUGCCCUUGGUCGUCGGGAUGUCGAUGACCGAGAUCACUUUGGCAAGAAGCGGUUGGAUCUGGCUGGUCCUCUGCUGGCAAAGCUCUUCCGUGGCAUCAUUCGCAAGUUGACAAACGACAUGAUGGGCGGCCUGAGGCGGUGCAUUGACGCUGGCAGAGACUUUGAUCUCACAGCCUCGCUCAAACCCAACACACUCACAAACGGGUUGAAAUACUCGUUGGCCACAGGCAACUGGGGAGAUCAAAAGAAGGCUGCGAGCUCCACUGCAGGUGUCUCGCAAGUGCUGAACCGAUACACUUUUGCUUCGACUUUGUCCCAUUUGCGGCGAACCAACACUCCCAUCGGAAGAGAUGGCAAGCUUGCCAAGCCUCGACAGCUUCACAACACUCAUUGGGGUCUCGUGUGUCCUGCUGAGACUCCCGAGGGACAGGCUUGUGGUCUGGUGAAGAACCUAUCGUUGAUGUGCAUGGUCAGUGUAGGAACGCCGGCAGAGCCCAUCUACGACUUCCUGGUCGCGCGAGGAAUGGACGUGCUCGAGGAGUACGAGCCAUCGAACUCUUCCAGUACAUCUAAGAUCUUUAUUAACGGCACAUGGGUUGGUGUAGCCAACAAGAUUGAAGAGUUGGUGGACUUGGUCUAUGAUCUCCGCAGGAAGAGUAGAGUUGAUCCUGAAGUCUCACUCAUUCAUGACGUCCGUGAAGGCGAGUUCAGGAUUUUCUCGGACGCUGGACGUGUCAUGAGACCUUUGUUUGUCGUCAACCAAAAAGAUGACCCUCGGACAGGCGCCCAGGCGGGCACUUUGGUGCUCACAAAGGAGCACGUCGCCAAGCUGCAUGCAGACAAGGACAACAACCUCAGCCCCGGAGACGAAGGUCACUACGGCUGGCAAGGCCUGAAGAGUGAUGGUGUUCUCGACCUGAUGGAUGCUGAACAAGAAGAGACGGCCAUGAUCUGCAUGUCGCCGAGCGAUCUAGAUAAGUUCAGAGCGCUCAAGUUUGGGGGUGCAACUCUGGACGAGUUGGAGGCCUUUGACAAGAACGAUAUCAACAGAAGACUGAACACCAAGAUCAACCCGACAACCCACAUGUACACCCACUGCGAAAUCCACCCCAGCAUGCUUUUGGGUAUUUGCGCAAGCAUCAUUCCUUUCCCUGACCACAACCAGUCACCCCGUAACUGUUACCAAUCUGCCAUGGGUAAACAAGCCAUGGGUUUCUUCCUCACAAACUACAACCGCCGCAUGGACACCAUGGCGAACAUUCUCUACUACCCUCAAAAGCCUCUUGGCACAACCCGGUCCAUGGAGUACCUCAAGUUCCGUGAGCUUCCUGCCGGCCAGAAUGCAAUCGUAGCAAUUGCUUGCUAUUCUGGAUACAACCAGGAAGAUUCCGUCAUUAUGAACCAAAGCACCAUCGAUCGCGGUCUGUUCCGUAGCUUGUUCUUCCGUUCAUAUACAGACUCGGAGAAGCGCGUCGGUAUCAAUAUGGUUGAAAAGUUCGAAAAGCCGUUCCGUGCCGACACGUUGAGGCUCAAGCAGGGCACUUACGACAAGCUCGAGGACGACGGUAUCGUUGCUCCUGGUACCCGUGUUUCUGGUGAAGACAUCAUCAUCGGCAAGACGGCUCCCAUCCCUGCGGACAACCAAGAACUCGGUCAGCGGACGGUGCAGCACACAAAGCGAGACGCAUCGACCCCUCUCCGCAGUACCGAAAGCGGUAUUGUCGACCAGGUCAUCGUUACGACCAAUCAAGACGGUCUUAAAUACGUCAAGGUGCGCGUGCGAACCACCAAGAUCCCGCAGAUCGGUGACAAGUUCGCAUCCAGACACGGACAAAAGGGUACAAUUGGUGUCACAUACAGACACGAAGACAUGCCAUUCACCAGGGAGGGUAUCACCCCUGACAUUAUCAUCAACCCCCACGCCAUUCCUUCUCGUAUGACAAUUGCCCAUUUGAUCGAGUGCUUGUUGUCAAAGGUCGCAACGCUCAAGGGUAUGGAGGGCGAUGCCACGCCCUUCACAGAGGUUACUGUGGAUUCGGUCAGCAACCUCCUGCGUGAGCACGGAUACCAAUCCCGAGGCUUUGAGGUCCUCUAUCACGGCCACACAGGUCGCAAGUUGCGAGCUCAAGUCUUCUUUGGACCGACCUACUACCAGCGUUUGAGGCACAUGGUGGACGACAAGAUCCACGCACGAGCGCGUGGUCCCGUCAAUAUCAUGACUAGACAGCCGGUGGAGGGUCGUGCACGUGAUGGUGGUCUGCGUUUCGGAGAAAUGGAACGUGAUUGCAUGAUUGCACACGGAGCAGCCUCCUUCUUGAAGGAGAGGUUGUUUGAGGUUUCGGAUGCAUUCAGGGCGCACAUCUGCGGCAUUUGUGGGCUGAUGACGCCCAUUGCCGAUCUAACGAGGAAAACAUUCGAGUGUCGACCAUGUAGGAACAAGACCAAGAUUGCGCAGGUUCACAUACCUUAUGCGGCCAAGCUCCUUUUCCAAGAGCUGGCGUCGAUGAACAUUGCCACUAGAAUGUUUACAGAGAGGUCGGGAGUUUCGAUUCGCUGA